AUGUACAAGUCGUUUGCUGCUGCUGAACGAAACCUCCAGCCGUACCAGAUCUCCUCGAUCGCGACGAUCCCUACGAGCUUCGACUUCAACUACACGUCCGAUGGUGACAUGGUCUCGAACGUGGCCUACGACAUGUUCACGAGCUGGACGCCUGCUGGACACCCUAACUUCGAGCUCAUGGUGUGGCUGGCGACUUACGGAGGAGCUAAGCCUAAGUCGACUUCUGGUCAGCCGAUCAAGACGGUGAACGUUGCCGGCGUCGACUUUGAGUUGUACUCCGGAUACAACCAGAACAUCAACGUGUUCUCAUACGUCGCUAAGCAGUCUGUUACGAGCUUCAAGGGCGACCUCAAGCUGUUCUUCAACGAGCUUCCUUCUAGCAACACGAUCGACGGGUCCCAGUACUUGCAGGUGCUGCAGGCUGGCACGCAAGCAUUCAAGGGCACCAACGCAAAGCUGACUGUCACGGGCUACAGCGUGAAUGUGAUCUAACUUUUCUGCGCAACUCCUAGAACCGAUUGGCCAGUUAAGCGGGUCGUGUAGAGCUAACACUCUAAUUCAUUCAUACAAAAAGCAUAGUUGCCG